AUGCGUCCUAUAGAUGUUACUUAUGAGAACGCUGAAUCCUUGCGAAAAUCCCUAAAAGAAAAGGCAGUUGAGCAACAUGGACCGACACGCUGGAAAGAAAAUAGGUUUAAUUUAGGGGACCCUGUAAGAGUGGAAAAGUAUAAGCAAGUGUUCAAAAAGGGAUAUUUGCCAAAUUUUACAAAUGAAAUCUUUAUUGUUGCUAAAGUCCGAUUGGUUCCGCAUCAACCUCCCACCUAUAGAAUUCGCGAUAGGGAAGGAGCUUUAAUUCGUGGCUGGUUUUAUGCUAAUGAUUUAGUUCUAGUUAGAAAAAGAUUAAAAGAAAGUAAAUAUAUUGUGGAAAAGGUUUUGGAUAAGCGAAGACAUAACAGAGAGGAGCAGAUAUUUGUAAAAUUCAAAGGAUAAGGUAACGAACAUAAUAGGUGGAUUCCUGCUAGUGUAAUAACUUGGAA